AACACAACACUCACAUCUCCAUCUCUCUUCUUCCUCUCUUCUUCCAUCCAUCUCUCUUCUCUCUAUCAUCCUCUCACCUAUCCAUCUUCAUCCUCCAAACAACCUUCUCCCACUGUCUCUUUCCCAUCCCAACUCCCUCCAACCUCUCAUCGCCACCAGCCUCGCCGUGCGAGCUUAUCCGCCAUCAUGAGAUUCACUGCCCUCGCACUCCUCCCUCUGCUCGCUGCAGCUUCGCCCACCUUCAAGGUCGGUACCAUUCACAAUGAGGCCGCUCCCGUCAUCUCGUCGGUCCACGCCGAGGAGAUCCCCAACUCCUACAUGAUCGUCUUCAAGAAGCACGUCAAGGACGGCAAGGACCACCACGACUGGGUCCAGAGCAUCCACACCCAGAGCAACCAGGAGCGUCUUGAGCUCCGCAAGCGUUCCAUCGAGACGGAGAUCUUCGAGGGUCUCAAGCACACAUACAACAUGGCUAAUGGCUUGAUGGGCUACUCUGGUCACUUCGACGAUGAGACCAUCGAGCAGAUCCGAAGGCACCCCGAUGUCGACUACAUCGAGAAGGAUUCCAUCGUCCACACCCAGGGUGAUGAUGACUACGAGACCGAGAAGAACGCCCCCUGGGGUCUUGCCCGUAUCUCCCACCGCGACCAGUUGAGCUUCGGCACCUGGAAUAAGUACCUCUAUUCUGGCGACGGUGGCGAGGGCGUUGACGUCUACGUCAUUGAUACUGGUACCAACGUUAAGCACGUCGACUUUGAGGGUCGUGCUAAAUGGGGCAAGACCAUCCCUCAGGGCGAUGCCGAUGAGGAUGGUAACGGCCACGGCACCCACUGCUCCGGUACCGUCGCCGGUAAGAAGUACGGUGUCGCGAAGAAGGCUCACGUCUAUGCCGUCAAGGUGCUCCGAUCUAACGGCUCUGGCACCAUGUCCGACGUCGUCAAAGGUGUCGAGUGGGCUGCUCUCGCUCACAAGGACACUGUUGCUGCCGCCAAGAACGGCAAGAAGAAGGGCUUCAAGGGAAGCGCUGCCAACAUGAGCUUGGGUGGUGGCAAGUCUACCACUCUCGACCUUGCUGUCAACGCUGCUGUCGAUGCCGGCAUCCACUUUGCUGUCGCUGCCGGUAACGACAACGCCGACUCUUGCAACUACUCUCCCGCUGCUGCCGAGAACGCUGUCACCGUCGGUGCCUCCACCCUCCUUGACCAGCGUGCGUACUUCUCCAACUUCGGAAAGUGCAAUGACAUCUUUGCUCCCGGUCUCAACAUCCUCUCCACUUGGAUUGGAUCUGAGCACGCCACCAACACCAUCUCCGGUACCUCGAUGGCUUCUCCUCACAUUGCUGGUCUCUUGGCCUACUUCCUCUCCCUCCAGCCCGCUAAGGACUCUGCCUACGCCGUUGCCGACAUCACCCCCAAGAAGCUCAAGGCUAACCUCAUCGCCAUCGGCACGACUGGUGCUCUCUCUGACGUUCCCAGCAACACCAAGAACAUCCUUGCCUGGAACGGUGGUGGCUCCAGCAACUUCUCCGAGAUUGUCGAGAAGGGUGGCUACGCCGCCUCUACCUCCAAGCCCAUCAUCACCGAGAUUGAGGAGGAGAUCGAGGCCGACUUCCACAAGGCCAAGAAGGCUGCCCACAAGGCCGGCUCCCACCUCGAGGAGAAGCUCGAGAAGCUCACCUCUGAGAUCGAGGACUUCGUUGCUGAGGAGAUGGAGGGCUUCUUCCACGAGUUCAAGGGCCGUGUUUCUCGCGAGUAAGCCAGCCGCUCACAUGUGGCUUUGACGUCAAUGUGCUUGUCAUUUGGUAUAGCAUGAUCAUGUAUGGAUGGGUUCGGGAGUUUGUCGGAUUGUGCAUUUUCUCUCUGCUUUGGGUAUAGUACAUGUCACCUCAUUUACGCCGUUA